AGUCUCCCCGCGCGCCUUUCCCGGUGUCCCCUCCAGAGGGCGCUGGCUGCAGAGUCGCUGGCCGACUCGCGAGGCCGGAAGGAGCGCGUCACCGCCCCACUCGCCCCAGCCGCCGCCAUGAAGGCCGUGGUGCAGCGCGUCACCCGGGCCAGCGUCACAGUUGAAGGAGAGCAGAUAAGUGCAAUUGGACGAGGCAUCUGUGUUUUACUGGGCAUUUCUCUGGAAGAUACACAGAAGGAACUGGAUCACAUGGUCCGGAAAAUUUUAAAUCUACGAGUGUUUGAGGAUGAAAGUGGGAAACACUGGUCAAAGAGUGUGAUGGACAAACAGUUUGAGGUCCUGUGUGUUAGCCAGUUCACCCUACAGUGUGUCCUCAAGGGCAACAAGCCUGACUUCCACCUCGCGAUGCCCACAGAACAAGCAGAGAGCUUCUACAACAGCUUCCUAGAGCAGCUGCGUAAGACGUACAGGCCAGAGCUCAUCAAAGAUGGAAAAUUUGGUGCCUACAUGCAAGUCCAUAUUCAGAAUGAUGGGCCUGUGACCAUAGAACUGGAGUCUCCGGCUCCUGGCACUGCUGCCUCUGACCCAAAACAGACUCAGAUGGGCACCAUGGGGACUGAGGAACCUUCAGGAAGCUGCUUUAAUUGGGAGCUAUUCCACCUUACCCUUCCGGAAUCUGGCUUCUCAACAGUGAUAAAGAGUAAAAACUGUCAAAGCUUGAAAAACAGCAGCAGAGGAAAGAGAAGACCAGAGCCAAAGGACCUUCUGAAUCCAGCAAGGAAAGAAAUGCUCCUCGAAAAGAAGACCGCAGUGCCAGCAGUGGGGCUGAGGGUGAUGUGUCUUCCGAACGAGAACCAUAGACUGAGGGGCUAGAAUGAAGUGUUUUAUCAUUGGGCAGAACUGGAUCCUGAAAAAAAAAAAAUCCAUUAAAAAAUGUUGAGCACCCACACACUGCUUUAAGAAUUUGGAACUGAAUCAUGCAAAGGAAGGCUGAAAUAACAAAUUGGAAAUCUGGAUAACCUGCAACCACCAAAGGAAAGUUGUCAUUUUCUAUUGUGGCUGUGGCCUAAUAGAGGAAGUGAAAACUGCCAAGUGUGGUGUGUCCUGUGUACCUGGCAGCAGGACAUUCACCCAUUCCUCCCCUACAGAAAGGCUCUGUGUUGUCUUAGUUUGCUUCUGAAAUGGGCUAGCAAAGCAUCAUUUGUCUUUAAGUCCUCCUUCUAAGCUAUGGCUGUGUGUCCAUGAUGGGUCUCUAAUGCUUUUAUGCUGUCCAUGUUCUUCUCAGCAUUAUUUCUAUGGCCUAUGUUUAGGUAUAAAGAAAAGAGUCAUCAAUGACAAUGUAUUGUAUCAGGCCAUUGUAUCUUGUAAUUUUUCUCUUUUUUUCUAAAAUGAAUAAUAAAAUUCUAAACCACAAGAAACCUCUUUACUAAACAAAAUC